UUCGUUUACACUUCUUUUUCUUGAUUUAUUAUUUUGUGCGCAUUGAUCUGUGACCAUCACAAUAAGGUGAGAUAUAUGCCAUUGAUUUUUAAUUUAGCCAUUUAAAUGUGUAAAAAUACUCGAUUAUAAAUAGUUCAACAAAGAUGUAAACAAAGCUUAUUAACAAACUGUUUUAAGUCUAGUGUGUUGUCCUUCUGCAAAGUUUUAGGUCAAAAUGUACCAUUUUUACGUGAAAAACAUCAUAUUUUUGUUUCUAGUCCUUUUUGUUAUGAUGGAUGCAGCAUGUAAAUUGAUUUAUAAUAAAUCAGAUCAAUCCAGUCGAUCUGGUCUUCAAAAUGAACACUGUCAUCAUGAACUUUGAUUCAGCAGCCGUGCCGUGCGCAGUUCGCCGCUCCUUUAAGCGAUGCUUGGUGUUAAUUCGAAUAAUUACGCUAAAUGAUUUUUACACGUUAUAUUUGUAACGUACGAUGAAUGUUCCGUUUCUUGCAGAUGUCGUGCAACAAUGUUUUAGCUUCACAGCAGUAAUUUGAUUCGUUUUUUUAAAAUAAUUAUCGUAACUGAUUUUGAAACACGCUAUACUAAAUUUAACGUUACUUGUGAGAAAAAUUAUAUUUCUGCUGAAAAUGUAGAACGAGAUGACUUUUAUAAAACCAAAUAUAAGUAUUUAGUAAUUAAUAUGUAUUUAUAAAAGUUAUCACCUUUUGAAAAAAGUACAUGCAAAUAAGCUUAAAAAAGAAAUGUUUUUAACAACAUAGAUGUCCUUUAUGUCGUUGUUGAUUAAAUAUAGUAGUCUUUUGUAAAUUCGUCGUAACGAGAAAUGAUUUAUUUAUCACGACCGCCGUAAUAUAUAAAAUAAGUUAAUGGACUGCUCAUAACUUUAGGAUGGUCAUUACAAAAUACCGCAAUUGGUAAUUUGAUGAUUGUUCAAGAUAGUAACCAACUGUAACGAAAACAUAUUAAUGAUACGCAGUGGUUUUUAUUGGUCUUGAAAGAAAAAAUUUAUAGUGAUAUGAGAAAGUUACCUGGCCUGUCAAAUGCAUUUCGUUCUUAUCUUGGUUGCAAUUCAUACUAGCGUUGUUUUUGUUGACGCAAGAAGUUUUUUUCAUGAUAAAUAUCGGAAACAAAAAACAAGUGAAUGUAAAGGUUGGAUAAAGGGGAAUGAAAGAUGCUACAAAGUCUACACAGAGGAGAAAUAUUUUUCAUCUGCUGAAAAUAUCUGUUUAAGAGAAAAAGCACACUUGGUGUCAAUUUCGAACGGCGUUGAAAAUAACCAUAUAAGUAAAAUUACUAAUGGCGCGGAAAUAUGGAUUGGACUUAAAAAGGAAAAUUUGAAAUUUGUUUGGUUCGAUGGAUAUUCUACAUUUCGAAACUGGAUGUUUUCCAGACCUACAAACAAAGGGAUAUGUGUGAAGAUGAUUUCCGGUGGUGGUUGGGUUGAUACAUCCUGUUAUGAAAUGCUUCCCUUUGUCUGCCAAAAAGACCGCACCAAAUACACUGAUGUUAAAGUUACACAGUAUGUUGUGCUUCUUAUUGUGCCUGCUUUCCUUGUUGGUCUGAUGUUGGCUGUGAUCAUCCCUAUCUUUUUAAACACCUCAUCACAAAUAUCGCAUGUGAAACGAGAAAUGAAAUCUAUGGACCAACUUGUAACUGCUGUUAUAGAGAGUAAUUAUGGUUCAAAUCAAAGUGAAGAAAAUGACGAGAAUCAGACAAUUGACGAUACAAGCAGCUGCCAAGUUGUUUUUUCUAUUUCCUGUGACGAAGAAAGUCAAGACGACAUAUUUAACACAGUUGAUGGAUUGGGUGUCAAUUCGUCAUUUGGUUACACGCACUGUCCUUACACCAAGUUUGAAAACUGCGAUGGAGAUUUGAGUGCAAGUGGGGAUGAUUUUAUCGAUGAAAUCAAAACGGUAAUAAGAAACAGUAAAAUAAAAAAUACUCAUCAAUAUAUUUAUGAUUCUGAUUUUGAAAAAAGCUACAAACUUCAACUUGUAGAAGAUUAUGUUGAUAUAACCGUCAUGCAAUAAAAAAUACUUACAUUUAUCAAUGAAGAUGAUUUUUGUGAUUAAAUUGACAGUUCAUUUCAUUGUGAGAGAUCGGUGAUUGGUUAAGCACUUAGUUUAAUAGAAAAAAACAAUAAAGAUGAAAAUAGAAGAUUUGCUGAAUAGAAGAUUAUACAUAAUACUCUAUUUAUUUGCCUAGAUUAGCGUCAACCUCACUAUUAGCGAUUAUAUUAUCUUUAGGGUACUCACGUAAAGACAAUUUGUAUAGUCUGACUUUAAUUCAGAUGUUUUAUCCUUAGUUAGUGUUUAAUUAGGAGAAACCAAAGUUGUGUGAAGUAGCUACCAGCAGGAAGUUCUGCAACGGCUUUGAUAAAUUGUGUAAUUUAACGCGAUUCUUUCACACAGAAUUUUAACAUAUUCUUGAAAAAAGUUCAGUGCGAAAACUUUAGUAGAGAAUAUUUGGAAAACUUUUAUUAAUUAAGAAAAUAAAUAUACGGUUAAUGUAGUUUGCUAAGUUGUACUUGUUAUUUGUGGGAGAAACUUACACAAAAAUCAAUACGCGCAAAAUUGUUGAUUUUAGUCUGAAAAUUAAGUUUACACCAUCUUUGUCAUCGCUAAUUAUAAUUCGCGCCAAAAUUUGUACUAAGUUCAAAUUGCUGCGCGAAUAUUAAUACGUGCCAAAAUACACCUUUCCCGAAUUUCAUAAAUCAUAAUAAUUAUGACGUCAUCCAAAAUUUUAUAAUGGUUUUGUGCUCUUCAAAUAAGGAUAUUCAGAUAGAAUAUUAAAUUAUCAUGACAAAAAUGAGUUUUUAGAGCAAUAUAAUAUUCUGGUUGGAUUUUAUUUUAAUAUGUUUAGCACGUAGUAGGUGAACAAAAACUUUAUGUGGACGUGUUGAUGACAACUCGCUUUAUAUAUUUUAGAUGAUAAUAGUAAAAAUAUUUCUUUGUCUCAAUUUUUUUUCAAACCAGCGUAAAAACAUUACAUACCAAGUUUUAAGUCUUUAUUUCAAUUUUAUAGCAAAUAGAACGGUUCGGAAAGAAAAGUACUUGGCCCGUUUAAAUUGUUUAAACACAUAUCUAAACGUUUUCCCUAUGACACGUUCGCAUAAUCUGG